AUGCAACAUCUCCGUCUCAACACCUCACAUCUGCGAAUUUCACCUCGCAUUUCUUCACUAACAGCACUCAACUCAUUCCAUUCUUCUUCAUUUCUGAUGGAAGGCAACAAACGUCGUGGCGGUGGUCGCGGCGGCGGUCGCGGUGGCAGUCGUGGCCGUGGCGGUAGCAGUCGCGGUGGCAGUCGUGGUGGCGGCGAUAGACCUGUUCAUAUCGGUGGCAAGCUGGUCAACCCCGUCAAUAUACUUCCUGAGAGAAGAAUACAUGAACAAAGGGAACGGCAGAAGGAAGAAACCGUUGAUAUCGAAGUUCUUAGUCCUGCAAAGGCUGCUUCCGCUCCCGCCAUGGAAUCAGGCGCUUUUAGCAAUCGUCGCUUCGAAAGCCUUCUAGAGAACAAGAAGGUCGACCAUACCAUCGUGCGCACCAUCACAGACGACAUGAAAUUCGAGUACAUGACGCCUGUUCAGGCCCAGACUCUGGAUGAGCUUCUUCCUCCUAACCGUAGCGAUUGUCUCGUUCAGGCGCGUACUGGAACGGGUAAGACAAUGGCUUUCCUCCUGCCUGCGCUGCAGACUAUGAUCAACCAAGGCCGUGGCAAGGGUUCUAUCUCGCUGCUCGUCAUUUCACCGACCCGUGAGCUUGCGCAGCAGAUUUCAGCUGAGGCGACCAGGGUCUUGAAGAAGUUCCCUCAGUAUCGCGUGCAGGUUGCUAUUGGAGGUACCAACAAGGACCGCGAGGAAAGGGGUAUUCUUGCCGGCUGUGAGAUCCUCAUUGCUACGCCUGGUCGUCUAUUGGAUCACUUGUCCAACGAGGAGAUUGUUUACUCUCUGCGCAACCUUGAUACUCUGGUUCUCGAUGAGGCGGAUCGUCUUCUCGACAUGGGUUUCCUCAGAGAUCUUCGCUCCAUCGUUUCGCAUCUUCCCAACAAGGAGGCUACCAACCGACAGGGCAUGCUCUUCUCCGCGACCAUCGCUCCUCACGUCAAGCAGGUUGCUGAGCUGGUGUGCUCACCUCAGUACAAGUUCAUCUCGACCAUUCCCGAGGGCGAGAUCAACACUCACGAGCGCGUUCCCCAAGAUCUCAUCAAGGUUCCUACCUUUGCAGAUGUCACCGCCGCCAUGAUCGGGUGCGUGCGCGAGGAGGCCACCCGAGGCAAGGAGUUCAAGGCCAUUCUUUUCGCGACCACCGCUGCGAUGGCAGACUUCUACUCCGACCUUCUUCAGACUAUGCCUGGUCUGCCCCCAGUCUCGGUCCUACACAGCCGCAUGACGCAGAGCAAGCGCACAAGAAUCACAAAUGAGUACCGAACUGCUCGCAACGCUAUUCUCGUGGCCACCGAUGUCGUCGCUCGAGGAAUGGAUUUCCCUGGUGUCACCACCGUCAUCCAAGUCGGUCUUCCCGCCGACAAGCAGAGCUACAUCCACCGACUAGGCCGAACUGCCCGUGCUGACGCCGACGGCCGAGGUAUCCUCAUCGUCUGUGAGGCUGAGAGCUUCUUCCCUACCUACACCCUCAAGGAGAUCAAGUUCAAUCCCCGCGAAGCCGACGUCUCACCAUUCCAAGACGUCAUCGACCACGCCUCCAAGAUGGAAGAUGAGGACAAGGCUCGCGUCUACCAAGCCUGGUUGGGUUACUACAACAGCCACAUGAAGGCUCUCCGAUGGGACAAGACGCUACUCGUUCACGAAGGCAACAAGUUCGCUCUCCAGGGCCUCGGCGCUCCUGAGGUACCAGCUCUACAGAAGAGCACCGUUGGAAAGAUGGGUCUGAAGGGUGUUAGAGGUCUUAACGUUACGGCUGAUCGACCUCGCGCUAAGCACGGAGCUCCUGGAGGCCAAGGUGACAACGGUCGCGGUAAGCGAGGACGCAAAUAG